UUGCGAAAAGUUGUGAAAAGUGUGAAAAUAAAGGUUUUUGAGGAGAAAAAUAAAGAAUCGUUGUUUCCCCCGUUUCGUGCACACUUGAGAACAGGUAACGACAACAAUGGGUUCAUCAAAAAAGCAUAAACGAGAUUCUAAAAAGCAUAAACGUCGUUCGCGUUCACGUAGCCGCUCACCACGGUACGAGCGUCCGGAACGUGAGCACCGUCGUCGUUCCGAUUCUUACUCCGAGGACAACGAUGGCUACGUGGAGGCUAGCCGCACACGGCACAAGAAGCACAAACGUGACCACAGCGAGCAUAGGCAUAAUCAAAGCAGACAGUACGAGCGCGACCAUCGUACCGUGCGUGACCAGCCCGAGCCGAAUACCGUGGACGAUGAUUCCGACAGUUCGGAUUGUGUAGAGGUACCGCUGGAUGAUGCGAGUGCCGCACCACCUCCACCACCACCCUCCAUCAGCCGAAAGUCGCCGGAAGCUGUACCAUCGCCUCCACCACCUCCACAGGUACAGAAGCGUCGCCGCUCGCCAACACCACCACCCGCCCCGAAAACAUCUUCCCGUAAGCGAUCCGUAUCACCGAUUCCGUCCAACGGAGCGGGCGAUGUGCUGUCCGUGGAGGAAACAAACAAGCUUCGCGCGAAGCUUGGGUUAAAACCGCUAGAAGUGGGACCGUCAAAGGCGCAACCGGAACCAUCCUCACGGAGACGUCAGCGGUCCCCAUCACCUCCGCCAGCUCCGAAAGCUUCUACUUCCUCUUCUGUUUCUCGCAAACGAUCUGUCUCUCCUAUCCCGGACAAUGGUGCCGGUGAUGUGCUAUCUGUGGACGACACAAACAAACUGCGGGCCAAACUAGGCCUGCGCCCGUUGGAAACGUCAUCCAAGAAGCGUACUCGAUCACCGUCCCCGCCACCAGCACCGAAGACCUCCUCCAGUUCCGCAAGCAAACGGUCCUCCUCACCGAUACCCGAAAACGGUGCCGGUGAUGCAUUAUCGAUCGAAGAAACGAACAAACUGCGAGCGAAAUUAGGUCUUCGUCCGCUGGAAGUUGGUACAACUGGGUCCAAAUCGGGCGAAGGUUCCAAAGGAGGUGAGCAGGAAAGCAACGAAAAGUUGAAAGAUGAUUGGGGUGAAUUCUACCACAAACCGGCCAAGAAUCUGUCGGAAAAAACGCAAGAAGAAAAGAUACGUGAAAAGUUGAAAGAACGACGCGAGAAGCGAGCGAUCGAGGAAAAGCUGAAGCGACUGAAGACGCUCGGCGAAGAGGAAGAUGUGGAUGAUCUAAAGGGUUGGGUUGCGAAAAUGCGCGACAAGGACCGGCUCAAGAAGGAGGCUGAAGAACGGGCUCGAUUAUUAGAUCAGCUGGAUGAAGAGCUGGUAUCGGGUGCUCCGGAUUUGGAUUCAUCUCGGGCACGAGGUGCAGAGUCCUCACGACGAGGUGCUUUCGGUAAAGGAUCGUACCGUGAUCGCGAUCUGGAAGGGCUUCGUGUGGAGCACGAUGUAGAAGCGUUCACCGAAGGACGUCAGGUCAUCUUGACGCUGAAGGACGCGAAUGUGCUGGACGAAGAAGCGGGCGAUACGCUCGUGAACGUUAACAUGAUCGAUGAUGAGCGGUACAAGCGCAACGUAGAAAACCGGAAGGCAAAUCCGCAACACUACGGGUAUGACGUGUACUGUCAGGAUGAUGUGGACGAAUUCGGCAUGCCGAAGCAACGGGAAGUUCUUGGCAAGUACAAUGAAGAAAUUGAAGGACAGCGUAAAAGCAGCUUCGUAAUCGGAUCGAAUGCCGAACAGGAAGCACAGGAGAAGCGUCGUCUGCUAGAAAUCAAGACAAAGCUGGAGAAGAAAAAACUGGACUCACUCGAAACGACACCACUCACCCUCGUGUCGGACUAUUUCACCGAAACGGAGCUGUCGUCGUUCAAGAAACCUAAGAAGAAGGUUCGCAAAAUCCGCCAAAAGCUGCGGGCGGAUGAUUUGCUUGCUUCAUUGCCAGCUGAAGAAAGUAUGGCCGAUUUAGGAUCUCGUUCGAGGCGACACGAACGAUCCGGAUCGGAUCGAUCGUCUGCGACAGAAGAUCGUAGAAGCAUACGUGCACGGGCAGCAGAAAUCCUUGUCACAGAUGACACGCCGGCCUUCUCUGAAGAUCUGAGCACGGUUAAGCUCGACGAUGCGAUGGAAGACGAUGAAGAUCUUCAAGCAGCGUUACAGAAGGCACGCCGAUUGAAGCAGAAGGAAGCGAUCAUUUCCAAAGCCCUGCCGAUCGAUCCGGAACGGAUCAAGAGCGAAGUGAAGGAAGAACCGGACAGUGGCGGCGAGCUCGAUCAUCACGGUGCAAUGUUGCUCAAUUCGACGGCCGAAUUUUGCCGUACGCUCGGUGACAUUCCAACGUACGGGACGGCCGGCAAUCGUGAGGAAGAUCCGAACGAAAUGAUGGACUUUGAGCGAGACAGUGCAAGCGAUCACGAAGGGAUGGAAUCGGAUCCGGAGGAAGGUCCCUCAUCACGUCGCCAUAAUCAUGGCCAUGGUCCACAGCACAGCGGCACAUGGAACUCGGUCAAUACGGAACAGGAGCAGGAAGACAACCGUGAACUGAAGGUAGAAGAGGUCGCUAUUUUGGACGAGGAACCGGAUGUUGCGCUUAGUGUUGCAGGUGCACUAAAGUUGGCCCAAUCGAAGGGUUACCUAGAGCGGGAAGAAAGCAAUCGACCAAGCAAUGCACGGUUCGCUCACUUGCAAGCCCAGAACUACUCGAUCGAGGAUAAGAACUAUGGUGAGGAGAACGACAAGUACUCGAGGCGCGAUCGUUACGCCGGUCCAAUAACGGAGUUUAAGGAGAAGGAAACGUUCAAACCGAACGUGAAGUUGGAGUACAUCGAUGACAACGGACAUCUGCUAACGCCGAAGGAAGCGUUUCGUUACCUUUCGCACAAGUUCCACGGUAAAGGACCGGGCAAGAAUAAGGUGGAGAAGCGGUUGAAAAAAAGCGAGCAGGAAGGGUUGAUGAAGAAAAUGAGCUCAACCGAUACACCGCUCGGUACGCUCAACAUGCUGCAGGCAAAACAGAAGGAAACACAGUCACCGUUUAUUGUGCUAAGCGGAACGAAGCAGAACACCAGCAUCAUCAAGCAGAAGCGCUAGGCACAAGGUUAAGCUAUAGUU